UGUAGCUAUAUAUGUGUAAUGCCCAGCUUUUUGGGUGUGAGUGCUUUAUACAACAGGGUAACCAAAUACAUGUUUGACCAUUCCCUCACUAUAAUACGUUUGAUUUAAGGAAUGUCUUCUUUGGUCAUAAACAAUUCUGGAGGAAAUUUAUUUAGCGUUUAUAGGCAGAAGAGGCAUUUCCUCUCUUUUAGCAAAAAGGAGAAAUGCUAUCCCAAGAUGUUACAUGCUGCUCUUGCUUUUUUAAUUACAGCAGCUGAAAUAUGACAGUACUUUGCUUUAGCCUUUUUUUUUUUUUUUUUUUUGCUGCCAAAUAAAUUGGGGCAUUGUUUUAAUUUGAGUACUUUAACUGCUGAAUCCUACCCCAUUAACUGGUUUCACCAUAUAGUACUUUUUGGGGGUUUGCAGAUGCUUCUUGGCAUGCACAGUGAGACUGUUACCAGCCCACUGAGGUUAGCUAUAUUUAGAUAUAGGUAUUUUAAUAGCAUUUCAGCCCUGAAAAACAUGUCGCCAGAUGGCCAGGGAAAAUAUUUGAUGAAAAUGUUCCGAUUACUAUGAAAAACAAAACGUAAACUGUCGAGUGGUUGGAAUGUGGCACCUUCAAAAUAUUGAUAUUUUGGUCCCAUGUGUUUAGGAUGAGGCUGCUUUUCCAUCUUUUGUUUAAAUCCCUACAAAGCAUAAUAUGCUGAAAUGUUGGCUCAGGGUGCUGCAGUUCCUCCCGGGCAUAACGCCAUUGCUUACCUCCUAGGUGUUUUGUCACUGAGAUGAUGGCAGUUUUUGCAUUGCAAGAGGCCUGGCAGAAUGGCUAAUUAUCACCCAGGGUGUCUUGAGGAAGGAAGCGCUCUGUGUGUAUCCGGAAGUAGGUUUUUUCAACAGCACGUAGCUACUCAGGAAACUUCUUUUUAUUUUUAACUAGCAGCUAAUUUGGAGAUAUUGGAAAAUCCUGACUGAGCUUGAUUACUUUGUCAGCAAUGGGCAGUUCCUGUCUGUAGAGAAUUUCUGUGUUUGGGAUUUUAAAAAAGAUGCCAGAAAACAAGCGAAAUUUGAUUACAAACACUUGCUAGAUUUUGUUUACUGUUUUGGCAAAAGAGUUUUGGUUAUAUUGUUGCGGUUCUAUCUAUCUAGGGUGUGAUUUCAAUCACAAAUUUGGAACCUCUGGAAGUUUUCUUGAUAUUUCCAGUUCCGGGAAUAGUUAGAUCCUGUUUAAUCAAGCAAAUCAUAGCCAACAUUUUGCCAUACAACAUAUUUUUUGAGUUACUUAUUUAUACUUUUAAUUCACCAGUUUGUAAACUUCAUAGAUACUUCGGCUGAAAUGCAGGUUUGCUUUAAAAAAAGAAAGAGAUUAAAAGUGUUCCAAAUCUGCUUACUAGGGUUGGUAUUUAAAUGAGCACUCUUUUUAAAUAUUGUUUAUUUAAUAGCAAUGCUGGAGGAAAACAAAUGAAAAUGUUCCUAUGGUGAUUCCACUUCAGGUAAAACCUGUUGCUGUUAUCAAAACCUCUUACUGUCUUUUAGAGCACCUUUAGAGCAGAUUUGAGACCUCACUGUGGGAGGUAACUAUUGUAACAGCUAGCAACUAUGGAACAUUUUAGAGGCCGUGCACAUCUAAACAUCAGUUGUUCAGACAGAGAUGAGUCGUCAGACUGCCACAGCACUUCCGACAGGUACCUCCAAGUGUACACCGUCGCAAAGGGUACCUGCCUUGACGGGCACCACCGCUUCCAACAAUGACUUGGCCAGCCUCUUUGAGUGCCCCGUCUGUUUUGACUAUGUGCUGCCACCUAUCCUCCAGUGCCAAAGCGGGCACCUCGUUUGUAGCAAUUGUCGCCCCAAGCUCACCUGUUGUCCGACCUGCCGAGGACCGUUGGGUUCCAUUCGGAAUUUGGCUAUGGAAAAAGUUGCCAACUCUGUACUGUUUCCCUGUAAAUAUGCCUCCUCUGGCUGCGAGAUAACCUUGCCGCAUACCGAGAAAGCCGACCACGAAGAGCUUUGCGAAUUCAGGCCUUACUCUUGCCCGUGCCCUGGGGCCUCUUGUAAGUGGCAAGGCUCUUUGGAUGCUGUCAUGCCACACCUCAUGCACCAACAUAAAUCGAUAACAACACUACAGGGAGAAGAUAUUGUUUUCCUUGCUACAGACAUUAAUCUUCCCGGAGCUGUCGACUGGGUUAUGAUGCAGUCUUGCUUUGGCUUUCACUUCAUGUUAGUACUGGAGAAACAGGAAAAAUACGACGGUCACCAGCAGUUCUUUGCAAUCGUACAGUUGAUAGGCACGCGGAAACAAGCUGAAAAUUUUGCUUACCGCCUCGAGCUAAACGGCCACAGGCGGCGAUUGACUUGGGAAGCAACCCCACGAUCGAUCCAUGAGGGGAUCGCAACCGCCAUCAUGAAUAGUGACUGCUUAGUCUUUGACACCAGCAUUGCACAGCUGUUUGCAGAGAACGGCAACUUAGGUAUUAAUGUGACAAUUUCAAUGUGCUGAAACCCCAAGCUGACAUUUUCAGGGCCAGUGUCUAAAAUAAUAAUAAUAAUCAUCACCUCAAUCCAAAUCCACUGCAUUCAGUUUCACAGAAACCGUGGUAAACAUCUGACUGCUAGGUGUGAACAAUUGGGAGGGAAAGGCCAGCCUCAAUGAAGGUAAAUUAAUGGGAAGACUGUUCUGGUGCAGAUAACAGUUGCAUGUAAUAACACUAAUAUAUUUAAAUGAGUCAGCAGUAAACCACUGAAAAUAUGUGUGUGUGUAUAUAUAUAUAUAUAUAUAUAAAUUAUAUUAUAUAUAUAUACCCAAAAUGGGCAUCCUUUUGUAUUAAGAAUUGAUUCUAUGAAAAGUGCUGUAAAAUAAUUCUAAACUUCUUUGUAGAUUAAUUGUACUUUUGAAAAAGGAUACUGUUUUGUGUUUUCAUUUGUGUUUCUUUUUGACUGACAAGCCAUGCACAGCGGUUUGGGGUUUGACCGCUGUUUCUCCCCUGUUCCUUCCUUUUCUCCCUUGCUUUUUUGUUUCUUCCCAAGUCACUACAUAGUAUUGCUGCUGUUCUUGUAUAAAUUUUCUGUGUAUUUGCUAAUUUUUAUUAACUUCUAGUUUUUCAUUAAAUAAAUGAUUUUUCUUUCCUGUGAUUCAGUUUUUUUUUCUGUUUCCUUUUUGCUUUUUGGAAGGGGGGCUUUUUGAAAUAGCUUACGGGUGUCAUCUUCUGAUACACAGCAAAAUUGCUAAAGAUGGACUUCCAUAUAUUGGUAAUGUUUUUGGGUUUUGCCGCAAAGAAUGGUGCAUACAACCUGAAGAAUAGAGACACCAUUAGACAAAUUCCAAAAUAGUCAUCUUUUAGAUUGUAGAUGUCUUUGCAUUUUGAUUUCAGACUUGAUUUUGAAUAAGUUGUUUCACAAUGUUUUAAUUUAUUUUAAGUUAGUGGGAAGUUCGAGCCCAUUUUCAAAAGAAUUUGGAGAUCUUGAAACAUUUUAAGGUCAUUCUUGUAUUAAUUAGUUGUGCAAUACAAGGAAGCAUAGUUGACAGUAUUUGUAACUAUAAAUAUAGGCCAUUUGUUUAAAGGAGACAGUUGAAAUAAGCUGUUUUGGUCUUUUUUAAAAAUUCUGUCAUUAAAAGAAUUUCUGGCAAACUGAAAUA